AUGACUGUGACGAUCGCAUUUAUGGUCUGCGGUGCCAACAGCGACCUGUUCGGUCGAAGAUGGUUCAUUGUGACUGGAAACGUGAUUAUGUUUGUUGGGUUUAUUGUGGGUGGAUCUGCGAAGAAUAAUACUUCGAUGCUGGCGGCUAUGGCUCUGAUUGGAUUUGGCGCAGGAAAUGCUCAGCUUGCGGCUUUUGCGCUGCCCGAGCUGCUGCCGAAUAAAUGGCGUGCAGCAGCGAUUGUGCUCGCCGGUAUAGACCCCUUUACCGAACCCACUUCAGAUGCUGGUGUCUACUUCGCAGUAGUCGUUGGACCAGUCGCAGGAAGAUUCGCAGCUCAGCAUGGAGACUCCUGGCGCUGGCUCUUCUACGCCCCUGCUAUCGCCGUCUUCUUCUCCUUCCUCGGCCUCUACCUCUAUUACUUCCCUCCAAAACAUCCCCGCGGCCUCCCCACAAAACAAGCCUUCAAAGAACUCGACUAUAUCGGCGCCAUCCUCUUCAUCCUUGCCGCAACCCUUAUCCUCGUCGGCAUCGUCUACACCACCACUCUCCCCUCCUCCUCCCCCAAAGUCAUCGGCACGCUUGUCAGCGGCUUUGCCUGUCUUGUUGCGUUCGCGUUAUGGGAGACAUUUGCGGAUUUGAAGCAGCCUCUUACGCCGCCGCAUGUGUUUACGAGGGAUAAGGGAAGGGAGUUGACGUUCCCGUUCAUUGUGGGCUUUGUGGUGACGAUGUUUUAUUAUGCUACUAACGUUAUUUAUCCGACUAUGAUUGCGGUGUUUUUCACGGAUGCGAGCACCGAUUUCAAGUAUGGGAUUGUAUUGACGCUACCACAGAACCUGGGUCUCUGCUUCGGGGCUGCCCUUUUAACGAUCUUCGGCAGCAAGAUCGGCCACUGGAAGUGGACUCUUACCGCUUCAGUGACUGUUAUGGUUUUGUUUGGUGCGCUUCUUGGACUAGGCAAUCCUGAGAGGAAAGGCAUGAUAAUGGCCUUUGUAUUCCUUUCAAUGACUGGGUUUGGCUGGGCACAGUAUCUGUCCAUUGCGUUCAUCCAGUUUGGCGUUCCGCAGGUGGAAUUGGGUAUUUCUGGAGGCCUUGCUGGCGUGUCUCGUUUUGCAGGGGGUGCUAUCGCUAUCUCCGUAUACACCACGAUCCUCACAAACGUCCAAUCUACCAACGCCACCCGUUUAGUCCCCGCUGCUGCGAUUGCUGCCGGUCUUCCAGCUUCUUCUGUAGCCGCGCUCCUCGCCGCCUUACCUCUAGGAGCCGAAGCCCUCGCUAAAGUCCCAGGCAUCACCUCUGAAAUAAUUGCAGCAGCCGGUGCGGCGUUCACGCAAAGCUACGUAAUUGGUUUGCGCACAACGGCACUGAGCUCGCUGAGUUUUGGAAUCUGCGCUAUCAUCGCAUGCCUGUUCUGUAAUGAUAUCGGGCACAAGAUGGACGAGAAGAUUGAGGUAUUCCUGGAGAACGACGUUGGUGCUGAGAAGAACAAAUUUCAUUGA